UUCGUUGCCGUCGUCGCGACGCCCAGACACCGUGCCGUCCGCGUCUCUCGAGCAGUGCGCGUCCACACGUCGCGACGACACGGCUCCUCUCUACUUGUCGCUCCAAUCCUCCAGUGCUUACGAAUUUCGGCUGCUGUCGUGCGCCAUCCCAACUACCCUUUGUGCACGUGACUCUGUUGCCAGCACGAGAUUCGGACAGUUCCGGGACUAUUUUCUUCGCCUACUCUUCGUGAUUCUUCUCCCCAUAUAGCAUUCCGUUUCGAUUCAACGACGAAAGACGCGAUGUGGCAAAUGGUACGAUCCAUGUUGCCGCACAGGAUUUAAAGGAACAGAGAAGACCCUCGUGCUCGGGAGGAAACGGGAGAAGGCGAGCGUUGAGCGUUGACUUCCGAGUGAUCGGGUGUCCGGAAGCGCGAUCGUUUCACGGCUGACGGAAUGACGUCGGAUCCAUCUCUCGUAUCGUCGUCGUCGGCGCAACGAUCCUUCUUCUACCCUCUGAUCCUCGACAGAAUACGACGAACACACGUUUAAUUCCUAGAAGGCGAUUCAUACAUUCGUAUCUCCCCUAAAGACGAACAAAUCUCGUGAAAAAGAGAAAAUAAAGACUGUCUCGGUAAUCUUUCUUCGUGCCGAGUGAUCGCAGUUAGAGAUCUCUUGAACCAUCGAUCGAAAGCCAUCGUGUGAAUAAUCUCCGGGAGAAGAUCGUUCGAGAAAAAAGUAAAUUUACGAAGGGGGCGAGGAUCGUUCGUUGGACGAGGAAUCUAAGACGGCUGGAGCAAAAUGAACGCCACGAUAAUAAGCUACGAGACUACGCCGAGCAUGAUCGACUACGCUCGCAAAAUGAAUCAGGAGGAGUCGAUGAUCCAGAAUUGCGAGGCUGAUCUGCCGAUCGUCUCGCUGGUCAAUCAGAUUCUCUACUCUAUCGUCUGCAUCGUUGGUCUUCUCGGAAAUACUCUGGUGAUUUACGUGGUGUUACGGUUCUCGAAGAUGCAAACAGUGACCAACAUGUACAUCGUAAACCUGGCUAUAGCAGACGAGUGUUUCUUGAUAGGAAUACCUUUCCUGGUGACCACGAUGAGCCUACGUAGCUGGAUCUUCGGGAAGAUCAUGUGCAAAGCGUAUAUGACUACAACCAGCAUCAAUCAGUUUACCAGCAGCAUCUUCCUUUUCAUCAUGAGCGCCGAUCGUUACAUCGCCGUGUGUCAUCCGAUAUCUUCGCCAAAGAUUCGUACGCCAUUCAUCUCCAAAGUGGUCUCUCUAACAGCCUGGGCCACGAGCGCUCUCUUUAUGAUCCCUAUAUUUCUGUACGCCAACGCGAUGGAGUCUGAGAAAGGAAUCAACUGUAACAUCUACUGGCCAAACGAUCGCGGAGGCCACACUACCUUUACUUUAUACACGUUCAUCCUAGGCUUCGCCAUUCCACUGAUUCUCAUUCUGAUCUUUUAUUUCCUCGUAAUCAGGAAGCUUCAAACGGUCGGACCCAAGAACAAGUCCAAGGAGAAGAAACGAUCGCAUCGUAAAGUGACCAAGUUAGUACUGACAGUGAUCACGGUGUACGUUUUGUGUUGGCUGCCCUACUGGCUGAUGCAAGUGGCGUUGAUCUACACUCCACCCAAACAGUGUCAGAGCAAGAUCACGAUUACCAGUUUCUUACUGGCUGGCUUCCUCAGUUAUAGCAACAGCGCGAUGAAUCCUAUCUUAUACGCUUUCCUCAGCGACAAUUUCAAGAAAAGUUUCUUAAAAGCGUGCACUUGCGCCGCUGGAAAGGACGUGAAUGCCACGUUGCAUAUCGAGAACAGUGUAUUUCCACGGAGGAACAAGGCGAACGCUGAAAGGCUUCAGUCGAAUCGACAAGCUACAUCCGGUCAAUCGAGGAUGGAGCUGGAAGACGAAGACGCCGAGAGAGGAUUACUGAUUAGCAAAACUUCCACGACGACGGUGACCAUGACGUCACGAUCGAAUAUUACCAUAGGCAACGAGCCGAAAGAUCAAACGCAGAGAGAGAAAGACGCGAUGAGAAAUGGGACACAAUUGACGUUAUUGACGCAGGUGUAAAGAAUAAACGAAGAAAACGAAGAUAACGAUUCAACGAAAUGCGAACGACGGGCUAACGACGGCCUCUUAUUUUUUUUCUUUUCCUCGUCACGGUGACCAGAUGAGCCUAGGAUCAUCGUGCAAGAAGAAAACUGAUUUCAAGGAACGAAGAAGAUCGAUGUCGUGGAACGAAUUUUCAGAUAACGUUAGAAUCGUCGAAACGGCGACUCGAUAAGAUCGUUCAUCGAAUUUUUGCUACUUUCCCUCGUGAUCCUGGUACCGAAGGAUUUGCUCCAAACUCACGUUCGUGUGUCGACCGAAUGUAAACGCCCAUUUCUAUCCAGUUGUCUCCUUCGAUUCCUUGGUUGUAGCAGCUGAUUUCGAACAUUACUCGCAAAAAGGCUGGAACAUCGCUGGAAAUCGGCCGAGAAAGGAGGCCGAGCAUUGCUUGACCCGUGACGCACGUGCCGCCAUUACUCCUCUUGGUGAACGGGUCAAGAGCGUGGUCAUUCCGUUUAGUUAACUCUACACGCACGCACAACAACCGAGAAAAUAAACGAAUCGUCGAUGAGUUUGCCAAGCGCAGGAACAGAAGCGCUAUCAAAGAACAGAAUCCCUUUGAUAAAAUCGCUGUUGAAGAGGCGAGUCUUAUUUCCGUACAGAAUGCUUGAGAGAUCAUAUAAAAUUUAAUGAAAUUCCAUUGGUAAAUAAAUUAAAUAAGAAGAAAAGCAAGUCAAAUUUGUACAUAUUAUAUAAAUAUACUGUAGUCGGUCGAUCGAUGUAUUUAUCGAUUAACGUCGAUGGUUCAACGAAAGGAAAAAGCGAAUGGUUUCCGUGCCAAAGACAGAGUAUUUCAGCGACACGUUUCUGCCUUGUAAGGAGCACGACGAUAGUGUUGAAACGUCUUUACGAACGAGUCAAUUCGAUCUAUGGCUGAGGAAGAUCGAUACAGCAUGCCUCGAAGAAGAGAACAACAAGUUGCCCUGGAGACUCGCGGUUGGAACAGCUUUAUUUCGUAUUUUCUUGCUUCCUCGAUGCCUCGUUCCAUUAUUUCGAUUUUUAUUCACCCUCUUUUCUUACUCGUGACAAGGCGCACAUUGUGUGGAAGAGAAAUCGUGGCGAAGAUCGGGAUCAAAUUGUUCCAAGGACUAUCGCGAGAAAUCGUAGCGUAUUUUCGUGAUUUACCGCUGUAUUUCGGAUUAGUUUACUUUGUGAAAACAACGUGUCGAUCAUUUAGAAAGUUAAACGUUUUUCCAGAACGUUCAAAUUGAAAAAUACAUCGUGGACGGAGACUAAUAGCGAACAUUUGACAGCGUGUUGCGUAGUUAUGGGAAUUUACCGCUUUCAUUAGUCUUAAAACUAAAAAGAAAAAAAGCUGUCGUUGUAGUUCGAGUUUGAAAAAUUCUUGUAUACGCGCACGAUCAGAAGAAUACGAAGAGAACAUCGUUUCAUCAUCCGAUGAUGGACACUGUGUUCGUGGAUCGCGAUUCUUGCUUGACUUGAUCGAACCUUCGAGACAAAAAUGUGUAUUUUAACGACACUAUAACUCGAUAGUAAUUUGAAAAAUGUUCAAUGAAGUCGAGCAACGAAUGAAUCGACGUUAUGACCGUCAAUUGUCGUAUAAAAAAAAAAAAAAAAAGGAAAAAAAAGACGGGAAGAGGAAGAAAAUUGUCAGUUGCUAUCAAUUUUCUCUACUUAUCAAGUUGUGUAAAGUAAAGUAAAAGUUAACGCGCGAAUGUAUAAAGUUUCGAGAGCUGAUCAUAAAGAUCAAAAGCUGCCUUCGCAAGUAACACGUUGAAGAAUCGAGAUGGCAAUGAAAGGAUGGAAUCGUGUUUAAGGAACGUUGGUCUUCAAUAAACUAGCGAUAUAAGUAGCGAAUAGUCGCGCUGAUUGUUCUACGUUUGCCUUUCAAUCAGCAUAUCUUUUGAACUGCGAGGAGGUUUUCAUUACUACGCGUCGUUCUAUGGCACACGAUUAUUCUGUUUCGCAAAUUUAAAAGUACGAUGCUUUUGAACUUCAAGUUAUUCUUCUUCUGAAUGUAUCUGCCUCGCGAGGGAUGAAAUUUUAGCCAAGAAAAACUAAAUUUCGCCGACUGGCAGAUUCAUAAAAUCUCACUGAAAUUUGAAUUUCAAUGUAUUCUAAUUUCCAGUAUACUCGACGAAACAGAAUCGAUUCGUCGCUUCUUGCGAUUCAGAAAUUUUACAAUUUUCUAAAACUUUACAGCGAAUAUCGAAUUUUACUUUAUUCCAAUUAUCGUCAUCUUCCCACUUAAAUUAACGAUAAAUUACCAAAGUGCUAUCACAGUUCAACUAUCAAAAGAGAAUCGAUUGGUCGUCGAAACCAGCUCGAGUAUAAGAUCUGAUCAAGCUAACAACGAAACUCAUUCUGUUUAGAAAGCACAGUAGCUACAACAAUCAUAUCGAAGAUACACACACAGUUUCGAACGGGGCCAGUUGUGAAACAAGCUUCAACGUAUCACAUGCGAGCACAGUUCGCUUUAGCUCGUUAAUUUCAGUCUACACACGUGCUCGUAAAAGCCGAGAAACGAGCACGAGUGCGGAUCAUUAUGUGACCUACUCGUAGAUAGUCCCAGCGGGGAUGCAUUUAAAAAAUGAACAGGAGCAACGUAAACGUCGUUGUAAAAAUACUUACUCGAAAUUGCGAGAACGAACGAGAACAUCGCGGCGUUCUCGUUCAGCGAGAACAGUUGGAUGAGCGAGAUUGCGAUCCAGCGGUGAGAAAUUUCCGUUUCUUAAUUAAAUGUCAAACAAACGUUGAUUAUCGGAUCGUCGAUACGAACAGGUUAAACGAUAUACCGGGGCGAACUUGUUGAAAAGUGUGUAGUCGAUUCUCAUGGGUUCGCCAACUGAUAGUAAUUUCUUGCAGUCAAUAUUGGAAACUUUACACUACGGAUGGUCUUUAUUUGACGAUAUAAGUCGGCACGAUACUGCGAGGAUCUUCGAGAGCGUAAGUUAAAUAUCGGAAGCACUCGAAACACGAGCUGGGAAUUUUUUAAGAUUUGCUUAAAAACCUAUCGAUUUUGCGAUAGGAAUAUGAACGAACUAGGAAUUGAUCGAGCGGUUAACUAUACGGGGUAUUCGUUAAACACCGUUGGUUAACUCGAUCAAUUACCAAAUAUCUUAAUUUCCGCCAAAGUAAAAUCUAAAUAUUUGACACGAUCCGUUACAAUACGCCGCGGAAGAUAAUCUCAUUUUACCAACUCCCUCUGAAUAUUGCCGCGCGAUCAUCGGAAUUUCCAGCGUACAGCAAACAACAGGCAAACGCAAAACGGUAAUUCAGGUUGCAGAAUCCAGGUAAAUACAGCCGCGCUUAACGGAUUACAGUAGUUGAAUACCUAUCUGUAACAAUUAGAAUCCGCCGUCCAUAACGAGAUGAAGUUCCCUGCUUAAAUCAUUACGCGAAAUCUUUGAGAGAUUAGCUAACUUCUGUUUGUCCGACGUCGCACAGUUUGUCCUUGUGAUAGAAUUAAAAAGAAGGAUUCGUUUCGCGAGCCUAACGAUUUAAAAAAAAAAAACGGAAUAUUCAUAUUUUUAUAAUCGAUAUUAUUCCUAAAAAAUCUGAGUCUCUCAUUCCAUAACUAUUUAUGCGAAAAAUCGCUAAACUUUGUGUUUUUAAACGUCUCAGGCUGCUAUACUUCCUUAAGAAAAUAAUCCAAUUAUUCCACUUUUUUUUUUCUUUUAUCAUUAAGACACGGAACAUUCGAUAUGACGCUCUGUGAAGUUUCGCGAGAGAUGAACGAUUAGGUGUACGUGUUCUACGCAGAAAACGAACGACGGUUCGGAAAAUGGGAUGAGAAGCUCGCCGACGAAUCAACGUUAAUCGCGUAUGAGCAAAAGUGUGAAUCGGGCAAUUAAAGAGGAAAAUUUCAUCGUACCGAAAAAUUUAUUUCACGACAUCUCGUACAAAUGUAAAUAUCAUCCUAUCGUACAAUUCUCUGUAGCCUUUUAUUUUCACGAGCUGCCACUGGAAACCGACACGUCAACGGUGUUUCUUUGUCUGUCGAGAACGACCCAUAAAUCACAAGCGAGCCACGGUGAUUUUCUUCGAAAUGCUACGCUUUCUGCCAAUUUUACCAUCCGUGUUUCGUUUUAUCAUUUCUGCCGUGUAAAACAGAUAGCUCUUUACGAAUUACCUGACCGUAUUCGAAUGACAAAAUGGUCAGUCGUAAAAUAACGAGCCUAAUGUCGCAGGGGUUAGAAAUUAGGUACAGAUGAACGGCGAGAAAAACAACGAAACGCUUUCACGAAGAAUUCGCUUUAGUAUCCUUCGAGAGUAUCCUCGGACGAACGUAUGUCCGCAGUUUACCAUUUCUUUCACGCUGUUUAUUUAUUAUUGCCGCCGUGGCUUCGACAGGGUUCCUUCCAUACGAGGCGUGGUAAUACCGUAUCCUGAUCUCAUAACUUGCUCGAUAAGCCCGAUAAUACCUUCGUAUAUCAGCUCGAUAAUGUUUCUAAUAGCCCUCUAAAGCAGUACACGACACGUAUUACACGAUUUUUCAAGGGAACGUGUUACCCGCUGUUGAUUUUUAUAACUUCUCCACGCCAAGUAUCACCGUCGUUCGACAGAUUUCCAGAUGAAACGCGUAACUGUAUCAUCACGAACGUAUUUCCUGGGUUCUCACGAACGAAUGAAUUUCGAACGAACGAACGAUAUUUAUCAGUAGAAUAUAAAUGUUUACGGGUGGAAAUUUAGACGCGUAGAGAUACGAAUCUUUAUUCGAAAUUCGUUCUUUUAACUCUAUCUGUAAAAUCUUAAAUUUCCAUGAAUAUUCGCAGCCUAAUUACGAUCUGGUAAAUUAUCGCGCGAAAGGAUUUUAAUAACGAGAAAUCUCAUUUAUUCUAAAGUGAUUGUGUUACGCUGUUAUAAACUAAGGCAGGGUGAAUAGUUUACCGAAGAUAGAAAAAAAUAAUAAUGUGAAAAAGAGAACUAAAUGCUGUAAAUAUUUAGAAGAAUUCCUUUACAGAAUGUAAAGAGAUGCUUGUAAUUUUCAACGAUUUCGUGACACGAUGCACCAUAGCGGAGGUUGUUUCUUCCAGAGAAUUCUAGAUGUUCGUCCUUUGGAGACAUCCGGUUGGAAAAUACCGCUACUUCGGUUCGCGAGCAAUAUCGCGCCACUUUGGAAGUACUCGGGCGUCUAAAUUUAUAGUCCUGUGUACGCGAGUGGUGUCUCUUUUUGGAUCUCCAAAACGAAGGGCGAAGAAACUUCUUGUGAAGCUUAAGCACACCGACUGAAAGAGUUUACCCUGCUUCUGAAAUUUAAACGACGAAGUCGAUCAUCGUAAGACAAGUGGAAUUUCUUUCGCUACGAACAAACAAAUGCUUUCUAUGGAACACGAGUACAUCGCUCGAAACUGCGUGGAAGUUUUGAAAAAUAAGAACCAUUGUAAAAAAAAUGAUGCAUUCGUUAAAUUUGUCGAAGUCGACAACCAAAAUAAUCGUUUUGGCGCAUGCAGUUUUUAUCGCAAAAUUGUAUAAAACUUGUAUGAAUUUGCGAUAUAUCGUAAUAAUUAAACGUAUUCUACUCGUGAAAUUAGAAACAGACGGUGGAGAAGUUUACAUCGCGUGAAUCGGAGACGCGAACAGUCAUUUUACCUAUCAAGAUAGAGAAUAAUCAGAUUAGAAAAAUCGAAGGAUCGUUAAAGUUUCAGUUCGCGGCUAUCCAAUUGUGUUUGUCUACUCUUAACGCGUUCCUCGAACUCGAGAAAAGAGAAAUUUGCGAAAGAAUCGACCCUCGUGUAGAAAAAUUUUCUUGAAAUCUUCAAAGUCUCUUGGCUGAGUCACGGAAAACCGAGAACGAGAGAAAAAUUCAUAGAUUGGAACAGCGGAUAAACAGACUUGGAAAACUCGAACGUACAAGUGUCGUGCCGUGUUAUACCAUUUGCAGGCAGUGUGCGUUUUCCAGAAUCAUGUCGUUGAGAUGACGUGCACCGGAGCUAUCGAAGGUAUGCGGCGGUCACGGGUAAUUACAUUACAAGGAACCCUCUUACCAGAGUGAAGAGAAGUACGGCCAAUGGGUUCGCUUCCGUCGCGGCGCUAUCACGUUACGAACGCUAAAAUAACGCGAAAGGAGGCGUAACUUUGGUGCCGGUCGGUCGUUACGGUCGUUAAGCGGUGGCUGGCCCGCGGAAUUCCUAUUUAAUAUCGUUAAACGAAACUGCAAUCACAUUUAAAUUUUAAUGUCCGGCGUUACACGGUAUACUACGAGGGCGGAACGUUUAAUCGCGAUGCUUUUAUACGGUUAAAAGCGAGACGGAAAACGACCGUAAUUUGCUAGUCGAACGGUACUCCAGAUUAAAACAAAGUCUCGUUCACGCUGAACGCUAAUAGUCAGAAAACGCGAAAGAAUAGUUUUCUUUUAUUUAUUCUCAUUAUCGCGCUCCUUCUGUCGUAAACUUUUCGCAUUAAGGAUGUAUUAACGCCGAUGCUUUUAAAUCGUUUAAUUAGUUUUUAAAAAUAGAGAAGGUCGAGUGGAUGUCAUUCUUUCUUUUUUUUUUUUUUUUUUUGGAAUUGUUUUAUCGUACACUGCGAUACUUACAGCGAGAUUGAAAUUCGUUGGCGUUCAAAUGCAGAAAUUGUAGAAUGGCAGAUGAACGUAGGCGUUGACGAUCCUCGCCUUCUCGACGAUAAUUAAAAUCCUCCAGCUUUACGCGUCGGAUUUAACGCCAUGGCAUUACCAAUGAAACGCGAUGUUACGAUCGCCAUUGCUUUCACGGAGACUCGAGGACGGUCGUAACGGGAAUACAAGGAUGCUCAUUCACCGCGAUCCUCUUAUUCGAGAUUUUGAAACAAACAAUGGAUUCGAAGCGAUUCUUUGUAGGGGAACGUUGAUUAUCAGAACAUCGGUUAAUGAAGACGCGGUUGAUUCCUAGCAAGUAAAAUCGAAACGCAAAAGGAAAUGACACGAUAAUAUCGGCCGAUGAUAAUAUCUUUAUUUAUGGACCAAAAUUUUUCUACAGAAAUAGGAAAGUCGUAAGAAAAAUUAAGGAAGUCAAACGGAAUAUUCCAAGGUUCUCGACGUUGAUUAGCAGCAAACGUGCGGAAAACGUUUCCGGAAUAUUCUUACGCGAUUUCUAAGAAAUCAAGGACUUGGUCCAGAUCAGAGAACCGUUGCUCUCGCGUGAAUCAAUCAUAAAGAAUCAUCACCGCUUCCGAUUAAAUAUCUCAUCGAUAUAAAAUCGCCUCGUAAAUUUCCGGAAAAGUAAUAAAUGCUCGUAUGGGAGUCGACAAGAUGGAUUCGAGAAGAUUUUCGAGAUACGAUGCUUAUCGUGAAAUCCGUAUGUCUCCUUUUCACCCUUUGAUCUAUAUUUCGUUAUUUGAGAAUUUGAAGGUCCAUAAAAUUCAAAAGUCACGUAGAUCAAAAGCGAAGAACGCGCACGCGACUGUAGAUUUUUAAAUAAUUAUUCUCCCUUACGAUUCGUAGCAGUCCUUAAGCAAAUAAAUAAGUUUGAAUUUUUCAGUUUUGUCCCGUUAAACUUUUUUCAUUUAUCUUCCUUUUCGAUCACGUUUUCGGCUCCAAGCUACGUACUUUAGGAAACUCUGAGAAAUUAACCGAGAAUUCUCCAGGGAUACGAAAAGAGGGCACGAUAAAGAGAAAAGAGAUCACGUGGUUCUUUUUGGUUCGUAUUUACUUCGACGUUCGCAUUCGGAAAACACGUGGCGCGUCUCGAUUCGUACGGUUCAAGGAGCAACGAAUGGGAAGACGAGGAAAUGGAUACGGUUCGUCGACGAUUAAUUCGCCACCUACACUGUUUCGCAUACGGUUCACCGCGCGUUUUCGCUUCUUUGAUCAACGAUUGGCUGAAAUUCCGUCGGAAGAUAAUUGCAAACGAGGAACGCGAGAGGAGAUUCGAACAGAAAACAAUGUUUCUUUUUCUCUUUCGAAAGAAAAACUUUCAGAAUCAAAUUACCGUUUCAUUGAUUUGUAACCACUUCGAUCGUAUAAUCUUCGUUUUGAUUCUAUUCAGAGCGACUCUGAGUUUCCUUCGAUUUAUUUUAAUCGAAGUCGAUUUAUUUGAUCGAACGUAAAAUCGAAUCGUCGAUGAUAAACCUAUGGAAAUAGCGUACUCCAAUCUGCUUACGGUUUUCUCGUAACGAUGGUUGACAUAGCGAAACCGGAAUGAUACGAAGUCGUGGCUAUGUUACGCAAGCAGAUCGUGUGACCGCUUCGUGUGCUCGAGUGUUCAGCAAACUGUACGGACUGUCGCUAACUUGUGAAACGAUAUAGCAUGCGAAAAUACAUACAGAUCCCAUGGAUCCCAAAGUCUCUGUUUGGCGUAAAAUUCGAGAUCCAAGUUAUUCAACAGAAAAUUCGAACCGAAGUUUGUCGAGCGUAUAAAAGCGAAUUCUCCGCUUUCGAAAAUCGAUUCGACGACUAAGUUGAAAUCAGAACGGAGAGGAGGAACGUUACACAGAUACAACGACAAAAAUGUCAACGAUUCGCUUGAUUAAUCCAGUGUUAUUGACUUUUUUUUCGAAACUCGAUUAUCGAGUAAAUGAGAUUCGGAUCAUACAUACAUAUGCUGAUUACGGUAAUCAGACUCGUCUUCCGGUUAUCACUCGCGUGAAUUUGCUUGCCACUUGUUAUUCCGUUCCAUCGAAAGUUUCUAAAUGGAAUGACGUUAACACGGCCACCGAGCCAUGAAAACCAGAAUCUUUAAACAACGGAUAUUACGUUACUUUCGAACUCUAACGGUCGAGCUGGUACGUUCCUGUCGCGUUUUCGCCAAAAUUCCUCAUGAAAAUCGAUUUUACUCCGCGAUAACGCUAGUGUCUGCCUCGAACAAAGAUCUACUUUAAAUUACAGGUCGCGCCAUGAUAAACAGCGAUGUAAAUCAUGGACGAUCGUUUUUCACAAAUUUGUUAUCCAUAUUUUCACAUAUAAUGUUCAAUUUCUGUCGUCAAAUUUUUCAUAAACGUAUCGCAAUCUCGAGUUCACUCAACACGACUCGUUUCUUUGACCAUUCGUUUCCCCAUGAAAGUGUGUAGCCGUUUUCUAAAAACGCGUCAAGCGUUAGCAACUCGAUCGUACUUUCCUUGUCAGCGUUUUCUCAGUUCAGAAACUAAUUAACGCGAAAUGCACUCAAGACUCGCUAAUGGGUCGUUAACCGCCCUAUUCGACUUCGUUCGACGACCUACCCUUUAAUUUCUGCUCGUUGACGAUCUUUUGGCGUGAAUUUUCGCGCAAUUAUUACUCGACAACCAGGUAUUCCAACAAUUUUCCAACGACGACCUUGCAAUUCUCGAUCGCACGCAUUUGAACGACGAGUGAAUGGAUCGAUGACGGCUUCGUGGCCGCGCAAACAAGUUGGAAAAUUAAGGGAAAUUGAAAAUCGAAUUUUACCUGUUAUCGGUUCACGAUAAUGCCUAUUACGAUAUAUCGAACUUUAUCCACGCUCGAUCGAAUUCAUUCUACGAGAUAGAUGCAAGAAAUAAAACAGAGACGACGACAGAACGUCGAAGUAACGUUGAGCUAAUGUUAAUGUCGAAACAGCGUUGAAACAAUGUUUAAACGAUCGAACAAUUCACAGAAAUCUAUCGUCACCGUUUAGUCGAAACGCGAGAUAGUUGUACACGCGGUAAUUAUCGUACUCAUUGCGUAUUCAAUGAUCAACCGUGACGUUGAUCUGUUAAACUCGUCAGAUUUACUGGUGUAACGAGAUCAUGUUGUUGUAACAUUGUGCGCUGCACGUUCCUAACUUCCACUUAGCAGCGAUCUUUCCCCUUCAUUUAUCUUUAUUAGAACAUCGAAGCUUCUAUCGAUAGAACGUUCGUCCGAGCUUAAAUGGAACUACCUGUGACCUUAAAUGGAACAUCUUCUAUUACCAUAUAAUAUUUGAUGGAUGAAACAAAUUUUUGUAAAUAGUCGCGCCCAUGAGAACAUGAAUUUGCGUAAAAAUCCGCAAAGAAUAUUUCAAGAAUACAUUACGCCAUGUUCUGUUUCUACUACGUUUACCGUGAAACAAUGUGUUCGCCUCGUUAUCGGUCCCUUUUAAAAGUUGCUUUUUCUUCGAGUAAAUCGAUGGAAAACAAAUUUCAAGGAAGCUUGAGCGUUCGUAACGGUGCAUCGAGUGCCACUUGAAUGACGGAAGUAACGAUCUGUGAAUAACAGAUACCUUGCUGCGUGGAAUUCGUUCCAUCCGUGUCAGUGUGUACAAGCUCGAUGGCAAAUGGCCGAGUGAAGCUAUCAAUCCACAACUGUUUUAAUGAAUUACAAAACAACAGCUACGUUCUCACGACGAACGAUCGAUCUUCGAUGAACAUCCGUCAAGAAGCGAGUUCCUGAUAAAACUUGGAACAAGGUUACAUCGAGAGAACAGCACCUGACUAACGCGAACGAAGAAAUGUGUCACAACGUUACCUCUGAUAUUAAUUGGCAACCUUGAACAAGUCAAACGAUUUAUACGCAAUAGUUGCUUGAGUUUAAAGCGUUGAAUAAUCGUGGAAUUUAAUUAAUUUUCGCUACGAUUGUUUCGAUAUUCUCUUCGAACUUGAGCUGCAACAGAGAACUUUAGCUAACUUUCUAAUGAACCAUGACGCUGUCAAAUUUUUCUAAUCGUAUGAAAUUGACAAUCUUCUAAAGUUUCAGAAAUCACAACGAAGAUUCUAGGAAACGAAAGUUCCAACGAUUAAAUUUUAUUCUACGUCUCCGACCUAUUUGUGGAUAUAGAACAACAUGUAUAUCUAUACACACAGAAGGUUUUACCAAAAGUAUUUGCGUUUAAGAGGAACAAUAGAGUCGUGUGAAACAAUAAGUGGCUCUUUUUGCACGAAUAAUUAACCCAAAUUGGAGGAUGCAUUCACGGAAACUAUUAAGCGAAACAAUUGCAGCACGGAUCGUCGAGCGAGAGAUAAGACGGUUUCUGCAACUAAUUGAAGAAGUUGUCGCGUUCGAAAUUAUUUAUCCCAUGGUGUGGGUAGUUGGUAAACCGACGAGAGCGUUAUUUGUUUCCGGCAUGAUGGUUCCUCGCUGUGGUAUUCUCAGCGGGCUGUGCCAAUGCAAAUGAGAAUUUCCUUGGAGAGGCAGGCGGAGAGGAAUUUCACCUGAAUUUUCGAAUGCGAGCUUUACGUAAGAAGCUGAGGAUUUGCGGGCGCGAGAACGUGUCCGCUCUUUCUUUCUUCCUCUUCCCAGCGAUUUUUAUAGGUCACGAGUAAACCGCAGCUACUUUGUAUGACAAAGUACCCUUCAGAGCCGGAUACAGUCUAUUCGACAGCCGAGAAAACACGCUCCAUAUCGGGAAUACUGGCUCGUCGAUGAUACGAGAACGAAUUUUACGAUGCCACCGACCAAACAGAAAUAAAUAUUCUAUGUGGCAGUAAAGAUCCUCGUUCGUAACAUUGACGGUAGAUAAAUCUCUCUUCGUACGAGUGUUUCUAUAUCUUUCAUAAAGAAAUGGAAAAAUAAGGAGGCAAAUUGUAUAAAGAUCUUCGAUACCAAGUUGCCUUGUUAUCGAAUACAAAUUUUCCUUCUAAUACACUCGAUUAAUAGAUAUCGAUUUAACUUUGCAAUCGUAGCACCCGUUUCUACUUAUUCCAAAUACACAAACGACGGAAUAUCUCGUCAUUUGUGAAUCGUCGAUAAACUAGAACAGGUUCGGUAACGACAAGAAAAAUUCCGUGACAAACGGUGUACCCGAAUGCAGGUUAGAAAUUCGAGGAGAACUUGCUCUAACUCGACCGCAAUUUAAUUAUCACUUCCGGCCUUCAAUUUUCGCACUGCGACAACGACUUGUACCGCAGCGAAACGUGACCAAUUCAUGACAAAACGCGAUCCUUCCGCGCGAAUAAUUUUGCCCAGGGCUAACUCGAUCGCUUCGGGUACGGCAAUUAAACGAUUAAUCCUAAUGCGGCCCAGGGUAUAAUUAAUACGCGGUCGAACGCGCGAACGAUCAGAUCGCACGGUCCAGUGAAUCGUGAUUGGUAGCGGAAACAGUACAGCCCGUGGUAUUUUCCAGUUCUCGCGGUCCGUCCGGAUUCUAGCCACGUUUCUGCCAUGACCGACUCUCGGAAUUUUCUAGAAGGAAUGUGAAUGCACCACGGCGAAGCUGAGCCACGGAUGCUCGAAAUUCCGUGGCGUGAACCGGAGUCGGUUCACAAACGCGAGCUUUUGCGGAGAACCGCAGACACGCGACGAGUCGAGAUUUCUUCAAACGAUCGAUUCGUUUGAAACGUGCUUCUCGCAUCGGACAAGUCAGGUUGCUCCAUUCAACGACCUAUGUUUAGACAUGUAUAGUCGUCUGGAAUAUUUCCAUUCUAUUCGUUGUCACUUGUUAUCUGUCAGUGUUGUAUGCGACGAACAAAAAAUCGCAACAAACUUAGAGAAUAAGUAUUUAUUUACCGUCAAGAUUUCUCGUAUCAUUUAAUGUCAGGUGCAAAAAGUAUAGUAUAACUUUCGACGAAGUAUUUACUCGAAUGAAAUUUUAAUUCGCGUCUGAUUAAAGUAAGUGUAAGGUAAACGUCUGAGAUUUCUUCCGUUCUUUUUCUAAAACACAUUUUUUCUUGUCCGUUUUUUUUUUUUUUUUUUUUUUUUUUUUUUUUUUUUUUUUUUUUUUUUAAGAAAAAUCACGAUACUUCUUUCAAAAAUUCAUAGGUUCACGCGUAUUUUUAUAAUUUUUAUACCAAACAGAAGUUACUCUAACGUAGAUAUUUAUACGAAAUACGCCAACUUUGGUAUUUUUUAAUUACCUAGCGACCUAAAAGAGACUAGUUUUGUUAUGCAACUCUUUUUUAAUAACUUUGAUAAAAUCGUUAAAAGAUUGUAUCGACUUCCGUUCGUAUCGACGACCGUGUAACCUUCAUAGAGUAUUGAACGAAUGUCACGACUAUGUAAAUUGUGUGCGAAGGAGCAAGCGAUUAUUACGUCUGAUUUAAAUUAAAGAGUGACUCACUGAAUCUAUAAGGUUUAUUCUGAACGUGAUUCUCGAUAAAUCUCUAUUGUAUAACACUCAAUGUCACCUUCGUCGCUUUUCUCGAUUUACUCGAAAGUAUGUUGUACUUGUAAAAUCAGAAUCAGCGCAAGUGUACAUUAAGAUACAUACAUCGCUGUAUGAAUCAUAGAACCGAUUAAUCGUAUAAGCGUAAUAACCAAACUAUGUGAGUCGAAGUGUAAGUUGAGUUUAAUAUAAAUUUAAUCGUACCUUGUACAGUAUCUAGCAAUGGAUCAUACGUGUUUAAUCACAUCGAUGGAAACACAGAACCAAGAUAAGACUCGAUAUUUCAAAAGGAAAAUCGAGGAAAGAAAAUGAAAGAAUGAAUGUGUAACUGCGAUGGUUAGCAAGGGAAAUGACCUAAUAUAAACGAUUGUAAAUAUAUCUCGAUGUGUGUGUGUACCCUGUGUGAGAUAAAUCUUACUUCCAUAUGUAAAUUACAAAGUUUAUCCUGACUUAAUCUGUUCUACUUGUUUCCUCAGUCACGAUGCAUUUUAUUUGCCGAUUCAUUGGAAAAUUCUUCUCUACUUUGCCAGAGAAAUUAUUUUUCAAACAUUAUGCAUAAUAGAAACUAAAAUUUCAGUCCAAUUUGAUCUAGAACAAAGAUACUUAUCGUUUAAUUAAUCAUAAAAUAACUUACUAAGAUACGAUGCUGCGUAUAUGUUAAUAGGAUAAUUCGACGGUUUUGAUGAAUACUUUUGCUUUUCAACGAGAUGGCAAAGACGUGUUCAGAAUGAAAGAUGGCAUCAUCGAAAAAGUCAUGUGCAUCCCAAUAAAAUUGAAUAGACGGAAACAGAAUGGAAGAGGCUGAGCGUAAACGAAGCAAGUAUCCUUCUCAAGACCAUUGCCUUUCCAGCGAAUGAAGAUUCAUAUAACGGUAACUUUAAUUAUCUGCAACCCUGCUUCGACACGAUGAAAUACUUGUUACAUAAUAUCUGGCUCGAAUUAAUUCGAUCCCGAACAAGAAAAAUAAACGUUUGCCUCGUUCAACUUAAGUUUUUUUUUUCACGAACAAAUUGCAAAGAUAGAUAGCAGGAAUGACGUUGUGAAAUUACAUACACAACCAGCAAAUAACAAAAAAAUACAUAAAAAUUGCGAAACAAAAUAUCAGAGCCAGUGAAGCGAACAGAAUCUCGUCGAGUAGAGACGAAGAGUCAGCGAAGGUCUUCCUUGGGAGCUGAUAGGGUGAGAAAUAUUGAUCACUUUCAUUGAACUUCCUUUUUUUUCUUUCCUGCCUCGCCUUUCUUUUCCCUCCUUGGUAUAAAGAAUGACGCAGCAUUUCCGCAACGAUGCAAUAUUCCUCUGGCGGUUUCUUGGCUACUUAUAUUUAUGUAAAAGCCAAUACAGUUCACCGGUUUUACGCAAUAGGAUUCUCGGUUUCCUUGAGAAGCAAAUACAAUUGUCCUGUAGCUACGAUAUUCAAAUAACGUUACAACCAGGAAGCCGAUACGAAGAAAGAUCGAUAGAGCAGGGACAAAACAAGCGCCCAAGCGAUCCACCCCUUUUAGCUGCCCUUAGUGUCGCAUGGUUAACCUUCGAAAGGAAAUUUUUUUUCAUUGAAUUAGUGUCAAUUAGCGGCGGAAGGAAGAUAGUAACGUUUCCUUUCCUUCUCUUGGGAUUACCAAGAACAUAAUUGAAUUCGAGACUACCCGCAACUUCUUCGUCCAACGCCAGUCUUUCCAUUCUCUUUCUGGUUUAUUCAAUUUGUUGAAUUUCAAACAGCUUUUUCGCUAAACAACCAAGAGAGAAGCUGAAAACGAAGAUACGUGGAGGUAUUCGAACGAUCGACGUCACAUUUUAUAAACAAAUAUAUUACGCGUAUUGCACGAAACAUUUUUCAAUUUCAUGAUUCAGUCGUGUCUCGUUAGGGUGCCAAUGAAAUUGCAAAAUGUUUCAUAUAGCACGAACACGAAAGUUUCCUAUGCUAAGCGUCGAAUACUUUCGCGAGUCAGUAUGUUUCUCGAUAUGAAUCUUCAGAUGAGCUGAGAAUGGUGGAAAUAUCGAAGUUGAUCCCUUUGUUCCCACUGCGUCGCUCGCUUUUAAGCCUAUUUGCCAGUCCAUUUGCCAGGCAACCGAGUAGACGAGAAAAUUCCCAGGGCAGUGAAUAACGACGGUGAGAGAAGAAGAGGACAACGUACAAUACUUUCCUGGAUGAAAAUUCGCCACGCCUUGCUUUUAAGAAAUACCUGACCUACGGACAUGAUUUCGUCACUGUCUUUAUUUGUGUCGAUAACUGGCUAGACAUUCGUAUAUUUGACUCGAUAAUUUUCGAUAUUCAAAUUUCGAUACUGUAAAACUAUCAUAGAACGAAAUUCUACAAAUUACAAGUCGUAUCCGAUUACCCUAUCCGACGUAAAAUCGUGAAAUUAUAAAACACAAGUCUGUAUAACCUACGACCCAUGAUUUGACGAUUUGUCAAGAAGUUAAUUUUUUCUUCUCUGUACAAUUAAUGCCGGCGAUACUUUCUCAAGGCGAUAGCGAAAUAUUCCAGAAGCAAAUAUCCAAUUUUUGUGCUCAAUCGGUAGCGUAUAGUAACACGAAGAAACAGGGUCUGGCAACAUAAAUGAGUCGCUUUUUCGACACCUAUAAUUAAUUGGCUUGUCGUCGUGUGUGUAUCACAUGCGAAGCAUCGGCAGCGUAAUCAACCGAAGCACGCUUUUAAACUUAAUUACGAGCGUGUGCAUGGUGAAAUGGCGUUGUAGAAUCACAACGAUUUUUAAUCCAUUCUCUUUCCACGGCCGAAAAAUUUCGAUAUAUCGUAACGGUCAGGAAAGGCGAAUUAAAAUAUUUUCGCGCCGAUAAUUAAAUUCGUCGUCGGGCGACGCGUUCGACGACCUCGUUUCUCAUUACGCCUUUCCAAAUCCACCGGCGCCAAUGGCACACCCCUGCUUCUGUGUGUACCUCCAGUCUUUAAUAACUUUAAUUACGAAGCCACCUAACUGACGGCCAUCAAAUUCCGUCACUGGGUACUAUGAAAGUUCGCGCCAGUAUCCUCGCGCUUCGUUAUUAAAUCGUUGAACUUCGUCUUCGAGUCGAACGACUAAAGAGACCCGUUGUUAAAGUGAAAAUUACCAGGAAAUUUAUUAUUCGUAUCUCGUAAAGAAUAUAUUAUACAUUCGCUCGAUUAAACUUCGUCGUGACAAAAAAAUCUUUCCUCCAAUUCUUAACGAUAAUUUGCAUUUUCGUUGGCUCGCAUUUCCAUUAACAAUUCUAACAAUAAAAAUUGAUAACUAAUGUAAAACUAA